AUGUUGUUCAAAAACGUCUUACCUUUAGCUACUUUAGCUUCUUUAGCUAAUGCUGCUACUUCAUCUUCUUCAGCAACCACUACAAGUCGUUUCUAUUCCACAAUUGACCCAUCAGCUACUGAAAUUGCUGAAGCUGCUUCCAAAGCUGAAACUAAUCAUAAAACUUCAAAUGUUCAAGGUUCAACUUUUGAAAGAUUUGUUGUUAUUUGGUUAGAAAAUACUGAUUUUGAUAAAGCUGCUGAAUCUGAUGGUCUUUCAAGUUUAGCUAAACAUGGUAUCACUUUAGAUAACUAUUGGGCUUUAACUCAUCCUUCUGAACCAAAUUAUUUAGCUUCUGUUGGUGGUGAUUAUUUUGCACUUGAUGAUGAUCGUUUCAUUUCUUUACCAAAAAAUGUUUCUACAAUUGUUGAUUUAUUAAAUACUAAAAACAUUUCAUGGGGUGAAUAUCAAGAACAUUUACCUUAUACCGGGUUCCAAGGUUUCAAUUAUUCAAAUCAAGAAACUUUUGCUAAUGAUUACGUUAGAAAACAUAACCCAUUGGUUCUUUAUGAAUCAAUUACUGACGAUGAAGAUAAUUUAAAAAACAUUAAAAAUUUCACUUCUUUCUAUAAAGAUUUAGAAGAUCAUACUUUACCUCAAUGGUCAUUCAUUACUCCAAAUAUGACUAAUGAUGGUCAUGAUACCAACAUUAACGUUGCUGCUGAUUGGUCUAAAAAUUUCUUAGAACCAUUAUUAUCAAAUGAUUAUUUUAUGAAAGAUACUUUAGUCUUAUUAACUUUUGAUGAAAAUGAAAACUAUGCUUUGAAAAAUAAAGUUUUCGCUUUAUUAUUAGGUGGUGUUAUUCCAGAUGAAUUAAAAGGUACUGUUGAUUCAACUUAUUAUGAUCAUUAUUCAGAAAUUUCAUCAGUUGAAGCUAAUUGGGAUUUACCAAACUUAGGUCGUCAUGAUGCCUUUGCUAAUGUUUUUAAACUUGUUGCUGAUAAAUCAGACAUUGUUAAUGAAGAAGUUGAUACCACUUAUCAAGUUAACAAUCAUACAUAUAUCGGUUAUUUAAAUGAUGAUACUAUUGAUUUACCAGCUCCAAACGUUUCAGCUAUCAACAAAAACGGUAAACCAGUCUUAGAUUCAAUCAAAUCAUUAUGGUCUGAUGAAUGGUCAAAACAACAAGGUGAUGGUUAUUUCACUGCUACUACAACAACUGUUUCCACUGGUAUUAUUAGUGAUGCUACUACAACUGGUGAAAUUUCAGCCACUGAUUCUGCUGGUAAAGCUUCAAAUAUUACAAGUUCAGCUUCAAAUGUUACUUUCAGUAAUACACAUUCAGCUUCUGUUGAUUCUGAAGCUAAGGGUGCUAUUAUUAACACUGGUAUGGGUGCUUCAGCUAUCUUGGCCAUUGUUUUAUCAUUCUUUAUGUAA